AUGGCGGAGCCGGAGCGGGAGCAGCGCCCGCUGCUGGAGGUAGAGCAAUCUGUCACAUCCAUACCGGAAGAUCAUGAAGCCACAUGUUGGGGCUGUGGGCUCCGGCUUGUUUUCACGAGUUACUCACCUAUCUAUAAGUGUGGCUGGUGGUGGGGUCUGGGCGGUAUAUCCUACUGUUUUCAAAAUCAGCAACUUCUGUGGCAUCUUUCACUGCAUGGCUCUGCCUUCUUCUUGUCAGCAAGGGGUCUAGUUCUGGUAUAUCUAGCAUUCGCUAGUUUAUCAGUCAAUGCUGGUAUAGGUGUAUUACUGUGCCAGCAGCUUAGUUAUAUCUAUGAAGGAAACACAUAUCUCAACCAUCUAAGUUCACCAAAUCCCUUGCAUGGAGAGAGGGGUUUGCAGAACAUUGUUAGAUUUUUUGGGUGCCCUUAUCCAAUUUCCAGAGUUCUCUUGCGAUACUCGAACACUGGCAAGUUGCAGGAUAAUUCAGGGUCAAAACUUCUUUAG